AUGCUUCACUGGGAUUUUAGUGGUGCGUUGUGUUUGAUGCAGCUGAAACUUGGUGGAGUAUUUAUCAAUGGUCGACCACUUCCAAAUCAUAUAAGACUGAAAAUAGUGGAAUUAGCUGCCAGCGGUGUUCGUCCUUGUGUGAUUUCACGUCAGUUGCGAGUAUCGCAUGGUUGCGUUUCAAAAAUCCUCAAUCGUUAUCAAGAGACUGGAAGUAUUCGUCCUGGAGUGAUCGGUGGAAGUAAACCACGUGUUGCAACUCCUGAAAUUGAGAAUCGAAUCGAAGAAAUGAAGAAAGAGAAUCCUGGAAUUUUUUCAUGGGAGAUCAGAGAAAGACUUAUAAAAGUAAGUGUCACUAGUUUGAGUAGCACACACACAAGUUCUUUUAUUGAAGAUGAGGGCGUUGUUGAUCCACCAAGUGUUUCAUCGAUCUCAAGGCUUCUUCGUGGCGGUGGUGGUGGAAGCGGUGGCGUUGAUAGAAAAGACGAUAGACGAGAUUAUAGCAUAAAUGGAAUCUUGGGUGGUCGUGGAUCAUCUGAAUCAGACACAGAAUCGGAGCCUGGAAUUUUACUAAAACGCAAGCAGAGAAGAUCACGUACUACAUUCUCCGGUGAUCAAUUGGAAGCUCUUGAGAAAGCUUUUGCUAGAACACAAUAUCCUGACGUUUAUACAAGAGAAGAACUUGCACAAUCGACGGGACUUACAGAAGCAAGAAUUCAAGUUUGGUUUAGUAAUCGUCGUGCCAGACUUCGGAAACAUUCUGGUGGAGCAUUAUCAAUGCCACCCCCGCAAUAUCAUCAUCAUUCAUCAUCAAUGACUUCUGAUUCACCUUAUCAAAUGAAUGGCUAUGAUUUCAUUGGCACUUCAAACCAUCAUCAUCAUCAUCAAAACACUUUCUCUUCAUCGUCAGCGUCGCUUGGUUUCCAACAUCCACCAUUUCCAUCUCAAAGCCAAACAUUCAACUCCAACUUCGGUCAAACGACACAAGGUAAGCUUUUCAAUCAUGAUUUGUUUACAUUCUUCAUUCGUUUCCCCAUCCCACAGAUUACACAUCAAAAAUGUUGA